AUGAGUCGCUUUUCCUGCAUCUUCCCUACCUUGACAGAUGGGUAUGUCUCGAAUCCAGAUCACACUCGUGCCGCGGGUCGGCGGACAUACACAAUCGACCUGAGCGGAUGGAAGGCCCCAGGCAGUGAGACAGAAGCCCAUAUCCUGGCAGCCUGGGGCCUCGUUCUAUCCAGCUACGUGGGCACCGAUGAAGUGGCCUUUUACGUUGUGCCCACGACUGGUCCGGAUACGACAGCAUUGGCCGACUUGAAGGUCGAGGGAGAUAUGUCUCGCCAGUCCCUCACUUACGCUGCGGAGCAAUUGUUGCACCCGGGACUCGUGGGUGCUGGCCAGGUUUCCGGAGAGACUGCCAAUACCAUCAUCACCUUUGCGAAGGAUAUUGAGUCGUUAUUUGUUACACAAACCGAGGCAGCAAAUGUGGGUACUGCCAUGGCCCAGGCGCUGGCCGAGGUAGGGACAUGCGACAACGACAGGCUAAUCAAGGACCUCAACCUUAUGAGUCCGGCACACCUUGAGCACAUCUGGCGGUUUAAUGCCAAUGUCCCCGGUAUAUGGGAAGAGUCUUUCCAUGAUGUGAUUGAGCGACACGCCACUAAUCGACCACACUCCCCGGCGGUCGAUGCCUGGGACACGAAGCUUACCUACGCCGACCUCGUAAGGGAGGCACGCCUGCUCGCAGCGUACCUCCAGCAACGCGGCGUGGGUCCAGGCUCAGUGGUCCCCAUUUCCUUCGAACGGUCGGGAGCAGCUCUGGUUGCUAUGCUGGCUGUGUCCAAGGCCGGCGGAGCCUUUGUUAGCGUGCCCCCGAAUCUCCCUGCUGGACGACUCGACGCCAUCCUGGAUGUCAUCGAAGCACCGUUUGUGGUAACUUGGACGAGGUACGAAUCGUUCUGGGCUGAACGUCUGCCUACGCUCCCUAUCGACAACUACCCCAAGCCAGCUGCAGAUACGACGGUGGAAGCCCUCGGAAAGCCAGAGGACCUUUUCUACGUGAUUUUUACUAGUGGCUCUACGGGCCGACCGAAAGGUUGCAUGCUGUCCCAUUCGAACUGGUUAAACGGUGCUCUCCGUAACGCCCCUAGUUGGAAGUAUGGUCCCGAGAGCCGUGUCCUUCAAAUGCUGAGCCACACUUUCGACAUGAGUCUACUGGAGAUAUGCACUAGUCUGGGAUCUGGGGCUUGUGUUAAUCAUGUUAUCAUGACACCUUCACUUGCCCGCGCCUUGAGACCCGACGACGUGCCCGAGCUAAAGACAAUGUGCCUGGGUGGUGAAGCCUUCCCCAAGGAGAUAGUCACUAUGUGGUCUGAGCGGAUUAAUCUCUGGCAGUUCUAUGGCCCCAGCGAGUGUUCCAUUAAUUCCUCGUCGCGUCCGAUCACACGGCCCGAUGCUGAUCCAUUGAACAUUGGUCCUCCCAACUCGGCUGCUUGCUGGGUAGCAGAUGUACACAAUUACAAUAAACUGGUUCCUGUUGGCGCUAUUGGAGAGUUACUUGUUUCUGGGCCCAUUGUCGGCAUGGGAUACAUGAAAAAUCCAGUAAAGACAGCCGAGGCAUUCCUUGAAGAAGUUGGAUUUGUGGCGAAGGAUGAUCCCCAGUUUGGUGGAUUCCGGUUCUACCGAACAGGUGAUCUUGUGCGCUGGAACUCGGACGGUACUAUCACCUUCUGCGGCCGUGCUGACACACAAGUCAAGCUCAAUGGCCAAAGACUCGAACUGGCCGAGGUGGAAUAUCAACUGGGGCUGGAGUCCGGUGUUCAGUAUGCCAUUGCCAUGGCGCCUCAGGCGGGCCUAUGCAAGAACAACCUCAUUGCUAUUCUCACAGUCAAGGGUACCAGCACUGGCAACCAGGAUACGGCUGCCGACGAGAUUCCACUGUUAGAUCGCCGCGAUCCGAUCGUUCAGGAGACAGUGAAAAAGCUGCGUUCGCAACUUCAACACGCUUUACCGCGGUACAUGGUACCAACCAUCUGGGCAUUCGUUGGGCGCAUGCCCAUGUCAGCCUCUGGCAAGAUUGAUCGCGUACAACUGCGGGAUUGGGUACAGAAGAUGAACCAGGAGACUUUCGACGCAAUCACUGGCCGCAGCUUGGAAGCCGAAGAUCAUGUUCUCGGCCUCAGUCGGCUAGAGCAGGAGGUUCAGCUCGCCUGGGCUGAAGCGCUGAGUUUAUCCGCCGCCGAAGUAGGCCUGCAGCAGCCGUUUGUUGCGCUGGGCGGGGAUUCCAUCAAGGCCCUAGAUGCCGUAGCCAGAUGUCGAGCUCGUCAGAUCAAGAUUAGCAUGGUGCAUACCUUGUCUUGCGAAGGCGUCCGAGAGGCUGCCUCUUUGGCAGAAGUGCAGGAGACCCCUGCUCAGCAGGUGGCGGAGAUGGCAGUGGAUUACUCGAAUCUCUGGACCCGGUUGUCAGAUGACUACGAUCUUGACAAGCUAGGUGUAACGCAACUUGAAGAGGUGGAAGAUGUUUUCCCCUGCACCACCAUGCAAGAGGGCAUGUUCCUUGGCCAGAUUCGUCGGCCUGGAGCUUACCACAUGCGCUUCUUCCACCGCGUGCAGCUGAAAGGUGGUUGCCUGCCUACCGUGGAACGCAUCCAACAGGCCUGGGCAUCCCUUGUCGAAAGACAUCCUUCACUACGCACAGUCUUCGUGGAUGACCUGUCCCCAGAGGCCAUAUACCAUUCGAUCGUGUUGCGGUCGGUUCCAAUGGAGCUUAGAAUGCGUGAGGUGCCGCGCGACCUCAGAGCUGAAGCCGCCCUCGCCAUGUUCACGGAGGAGCUUGUGCCAUUUCGUGCCAAUGCCCCCUUACACCGCAUGCUUUUGCUGACCUGCCGCGGAAGGGUACCUUAUUUCAUGUUGGAAAUCUCUCACGUCAUCAUGGACGGCUAUGCGUUGUCUGUUUUCCGACGCGAAUUCAUCCGCGCUUGCUCCUCCAGUGCCCCCCUACCGCGAGGCCCAGACUACCGCAUGUUUGCCAACUACCAUCGCACACGACAAACCGACGACAGUGCGAGGUAUUGGACUAACUACUUAGCCGACUGUGUACCAUGCCACAUCCCUACUCAUGCGGUGAGUGCACCGAGUGAUGCCCCCCCUGAAUGGCCUCGGACGCUGCAGCGGCGCGACUUCGGCUUUGAGAAUAGUGCGGCGUUCCUGCAGCGAUGCAAAGAGCGCCAGGUUACACUCGCUUGUGCGAUCCGCGCUGCAUGGGCGCUGGUGCUGCGCGCCUAUACCCAAUCAGAGGAUGUUUGCUUCGGCUACGUCUCGUCCGGACGCAACGUGCCGGUGCCCGAGGUCGAGACCAUCUUUGGUCUGUGUCUCAGUAUGCAGGUCUGUCGAGCAAGACUAAGCGAGGCUUCCACGAUUGCUAGUCUCGCUAGGAAGAUCCAGGAGGAUUAUGCCGCUAGUUUGCCGUUCCAGCACUACCCGUUGGCUGAGGCACAACGCGGGCUGAAGCAAACACACGGACAGGGGCUGUUCAACACGGCGAUCUCCAUGGAAUGGGUGCCUCCGAGUGUAGAGGAUGAGGAUGCCUUGCUGGAUUUGGAGGAAAUUUGUGAACAGGAUGACCCGACUGAGUACGACAUCGCCAUCAGUGUGGAUGUCCAUGAAGGCCACAUCAAACUGGGCUUCCUCUAUUGGCCUAAUUUGACGGACUUCGAGAUCACCCAUCUAGCCGAGGCCCUGCGGGGUGCCAUGAACCGCUUUGCCUUCCAGCCCGACGAGGCUCUCAACACUCUCAGUCUACUGCAGGCUAGUGAUGUUUGCUCCGCCCUGGCUGACGGACCUACGCUGUUGCCUCUCGAAGCCGUCCGCGGCAAUGUGGUGUCAAUGAUUGACCGCUGGGUGACGCGCCAACCGGAAGGCGCUGCCAUCGAUGGAUGGGAUGGAUCCCUGAGCUACAAGGAACUGCAUGAGCAGUCUUCCUGGGUGGCUCGCAAUCUUCUCCACCAAGGCGUACAACUCGGAGACCGCGUUCUGGUAUCGUGCGAGCCGGAUGCGUGCUGGUGCUCUCGAACCCGACGGACCCAGAGAAGCGCCUCCAAUGGCUGGCAAAAAAAGUGCAAUGCUGCCCUGAUCGUCGCCGAUCCUACAUACGAAGAGCGGUUUGCGACUGCUGGUGCCCGUGUACUAUCAACAACCACUGUCUGUGCCCCAGCAGCCUGGGACUACGAGUUCCCAUCUCUAGACGAACAUGACCUCGUCAGCAUUCUCUUCACUUCCGGAAGCACUGGCACCCCGAAAGGCAUUCUGAUGGAGCAUGGCGCACUCGCGACCAGUGUGCUCCUUGGCCAUGGCCGUACAUUACGCUUCUCCCGCUACACCCGCAUGCUGCACUUUGCCUCGUUGACCUUCGACGCUGCCUUGGCGGAGAUGUUCACUACCUUGGCACAUGGCGGGUGUAUCUGCGUGCCUUGUGAGGAUGACCGUCUUUCUGACGUGUCUGGUUGUAUCUCCCGCUUUGCGGUCAACACGGCUAUGCUGACCCCCUCGGUCGGGAGGCUGUUGGACCCCGGGGCUCUGCUAACCUUAAAGACCCUGAUCAUGGUGGGCGAACCAAUGUCGCGGCUGGAUGUGGAGCGGUUCGCUCCGGUGCUUGACCUGUACAACGGUGCAGGGCCUACAGAAACAUCCAUCAUGGUUACAAUCGCCGGGCCGAUGGAACCUACUGAUGAGCCAGUAAAUCUGGGCUAUGCUGUCGCUGGGGUCAGGUUGUGGGUGACUGAGGCUGAGAACCCUAAUCGACUGGCUCCGUUGGGAGCAGUCGGCGAGUUGAUCGUCGAAGGCCGCUUGGUCACUCGUGGAUACCUGGAUGGCCCAGCACGGACGCAGGAAGCCUUCCUUCCCAGUUUGCCAUGGCUUCCAUCACAACAUGCCUUGUACCGAACAGGUGAUUUGGUGCGGUAUGCUGACGAUGGUAGUCUACGGUAUAUGGGACGGAAGGACACGCAGGUGAAGUUGCGCGGACAACGCAUUGAGUUGCAAGAGGUCGAGUAUCAUCUACGAAAGAGCUUGCAGCAAGCACAGAUUGUGGUGGAGAUGGUCGUUCCGGCGGGGAAGAUGCGUGCUCAGGCUAGCCUGGUCGCUUUUGUCAGUGGGCUGACUGCGGAAGAUGUUGAGUCGUCGUCUGCAUGUAACUUGGAAGGAACGAUACUUAUCUCGCAAAUUGUCUUACCCAAGAGUGCGUUUCAAGCGCUUGAGGAAGUCCUGCCACGCCACAUGAUACCGUCGGUGUAUAAUGCCCUGGACACUAUUCCGCUGUCGGUCAACGGCAAGGCAGAUCGGCGGCGACUGCUGCCGCCCAUAAGAACACCAUUGAAGGAAAGCAAGUCCGUCAAAUGGACGCCAGCAUCGGAGCUGGAACGGACACUGUUGGAGUUGUGGGCUGCGACACUCGGACUCGAGGCUGAGACAAUCCACGGCGAUGACAGCUUCUUUGAAUUAGGCGGUGACUUUGUCUCUGCCAUGAAGUUGGUAGCCACAGCUCGGGAUAAAUUCAAGCUGUCGUUGAGCGUUCCCCAGAUGUUCAGAUACCCGACUAUUUGUCAUUUAGCCGCCGAAGUUGGGGAGCCCGCUGGGCAGUCAGCAAGCUCAGCUUCAUCCACAACGGAGGAAGGGUUUACAUUCAGCACGCCAGACGACUCUUCCACUAAUGAUGGAGUCGACGACGACUUCUUAGAGCUGGUCACUGCCCAGCUGGCCCAGUUAGCCCAAGAGAAGGGCAAGAAGGUGGAUAUUGCUGCUCUUCUGAAGCAGCUGCAGGGCGGUUCCUCUUCCAAUAAGACUCCGUCCGUGUCUUCCUCAUCUUCAUCAUCUUCGUCAUCCAAAAGGAAGAAGAAUGCGGCCAAAGCGGAAUCUCUGGCCGAAGCAGCUGCUCCUAUCCCAGUGCAAUUUUCCUUGCUAGAUGGUGGCGCAGAUGCUCUGGAUAAGGUCCGUGCACAGGCUGUAGAGCAUUGCAAGAUCACACACGAGGAUAUUGAAGAUAUUUAUCCCGCCACAGCUUUGCAAGAAGGGAUGAUGGCACUCACGGCCCGCACACCUGGAGUUUAUACCACAAGUUUGACCGGCAAUCUUUCCGAGCUGGUCGAUCUCGCAUGGCUGCAAUACGCCUGGGGUAAAGCUGCUGAGGCGCAUCCAAUCCUCCGGACCCGGAUUAUCCUGACCGACAACAACACGGCAGUGCAGGUUGUGCAGCGUGCGAAAGGGCUUCCAUGGGACACAUAUUCCUUGCGAGAGGACGACGUUCUCCCGGACCUAACGUCGAACAUGACCUCUGGAUCUCCCCUUCUGCGCCUGGCUCUGGUACACCGGCAAAACCAGCCCCGAAUGCUCCUGGUGGCCAUUCACCACGCCCUCUACGAUGGAUGGUCGAUGCCACUCCUCAAGCAGGCAGUUGAGGAUGCCUACCAUGGUCGGGACUUGCGGUCACAGCCCUUCACCCCAUUCAUCAAACACCUCAUUGCGGGGAAACCGGCCGCACAAGACUUCUGGACCACACACCUGGACAGCUUCGUAGGAGGCAUCUUCCCUAAGUUGCCUAGCAUCUACCACCAAAUCCAGCCGACGAAACGCCGAACCCGGCCAAUGACUCUGCCAACAGCGGCCCCCAAGGCCCAGUAUACUAUGGCGACAAAGAUUCAAGCAGCUUGGGCUGUGACUGUGCCGCGAUAUGCAGAGGUUAAUGACAUUGUCUUUGGUACUGUUAGUACCGGACGCUCAGCGCCUGUGCCAGCCAUUGAUCGCAUGGUUGGUCCCACCAUUACCACUGUACCUGUUCGCAUCUCGCUCGGUGACCAAGCGGAUCGAGUCCUCUCACUGCUGCAGAGAGUCCAAGAGGAUAGCUGGAACAAAUUGGAUCAUGAACACCUGGGCCUACAGCAUAUCCGCCAUCUCGGUGAAUCUGCAGCUGCCGCUUGUAGCUUCCAGACGCUGCUUGUAAUUCUGCCGCGUGAACAGCCUGACACCAAAUACCGUUCUACUUUGCUUUCAGGAUUGCAGGAUGUGGCCGAACUAGAGGGCGUGGAUACUUACCCGCUAAUGUUGGUGUGUGAGCCUGACAGUGCCAGACUGCAUUUGACUGCCGUGUUUGAUCGAGCCGUUCUGGACGGAGCCACGUUGGACCGGAUGCUCGCUCAUUGGGAACUGGUACUAACCCAGAUGUGGAAUGAGCCUGAUAUGGCAGUGAUUGAAAUUGAUGCUGUAUCGUGCAGUGAUAAAGAGACUUUGAUGCGAUGGAAUACUGGAGAAACAAUACCUGACGGGUGUGCCCAUGACGCAGUGUGUGAGUGGAGUAGGCGCACCCCUCACGCACCCGCUGUCUGUGCUUGGGACGGGGAUUGGACCUACGAGGAACUAGAGAGAUGCUCCUCUCUCGUAGCCAGUCAAAUCUUCGCACAUGGUCUGUCCUCCGGAGACUUUGUUGCUCUCUACCACGAAAAGUCCCGGUGGACAGCGGCCGGAAUUCUCGCGCUGUUCAAAGCCGGCGCCAUUCUCAUUACUCUUGACCCGGCCCAUCCCACAGACAGAAUCAAGGAUAUCCUGGAUCAAGCACGACCGCGCCUCAUCCUGACCUCCCAGUCCCUCCUCGAUGUGGCUAGAAAUCUGGAGACCCCGGUCCUGAGUGUACAGUUAGCAGCAUCACAGCCAUUGCCCGAAGGAUGGUCCAGUCUACCCACAAUAAGCCCCACCCUGGCUGCAUAUGCCCCGUUUACCUCUGGAUCAACAGGUCGACCGAAGGGGAUCCCGCUUGAUCAUCGUGGUCUGGCGGCUUCAACUGCAUCAAUAGCUCGUUCUUGCCUACUCCGCCCAGCAUCUCGGGUACUUCAUUUUGCUAGCUUCGCCUUUGACGCCAGCAUGAUGGAACAACUGAUAGCAUGGCACGCUGGUGGCUGUCUAUGUAUUCCUGAUGAAACCGCAAGGCAGACGGACCUGGCCAAGUGUAUCCGGGAUUUUAACGUUACUUGGGCUUUUCUCGCACCUUCCUGUCUAAGAUUAAUCACCCCCGAUGAUGUUCCGUCCCUCCAAGCUUUGGGACUCGGUGGGGAGUCUAUGACGUCCGAAGAUAUCACCAUCUGGAGCCCGAGGCUCCGCCAGAUCAUCCAGCUGUACGGGCCAGCGGAGUGUUGCAUUGUGGCUGCAUUGACUGAAGUGACAAAACCAUCUGAGAAUCGGUUGAUAGGGAGACCAAACGCCUGUCGAUGCUGGGUAGUUGACCCGCAGAACCCAGAUCGCCUAGCGCCCAUAGGCGCUGUCGGGGAAUUGCUAAUUGAGGGGAUUACUGUCGGUCGGGGUUAUAUUAAUGAUCCUGACCGAACCACUCCGGCAUUCAUACGGCCUCCUAAAUGGCUUCAAACACUGUAUCCUGAUGACCAAGAGCCAAAGCGGCUCUAUCGGACCGGUGACCUCGUGCGUUAUGCUGGUGUGGACGGCAAGCUGGCCUUCAUCGGGCGAAGAGACGGUCAGCUCAAGCUUCACGGACAACGUACUGAGUUGGCGGACGUCGAAGCCCACCUCCGUUCUCUAAUACCCGGGAUGCAAAAGAUGGUUGUCGAGAUGGUUCACAGUGCGGACAACCAGAGUCCCUUUUUGGCUGCUUUUCUAGAAGAAAUAUCAACGUCACAAAAGCCAAAAGAGCGUGAGAUUGGACUAUUGCAUCUAAGUCAAUCCCAAUGUGCCCUAGAUGUUAAGGCCAUUGAUAGCGCGUUGUCGCGAACGGUUCCACAAUACAUGAUUCCUAGCAUGUAUCUACACAUUUCCCGUCUGCCUCUAAGCGCAUCUGGAAAGCUGGACCGUCGCCACCUCCGCGAGAUGGUAGCAGAGCUUCCACACCAAAGAAUUAACGAGUACGCUGCUGGAUCAGGCCUCAGCGUUCCCGACCGGCCAGUAACAUCCCAGGAGCGCGAGAUGCAGGCUAUCUGGGCACGAGUAUUGUCACUUGACCCGAACACAAUUGGAGUCAACGACGAUUUUUUCCGCAUCGGCGGCGACUCCAUUUCCGGGAUGCAGGUCUCCACGAAAUGCAAUGCGGCUGGCAUCCAUAUCACCAGUGCGGAUCUCUUCAGACACCGUACCAUCGAGCAACUGAUAUGCCAUAUUAAUACUAUCAGAACCACUGACUGUGCGUCAGUCUCGCUACCUACAGAGCCGGUGGACGAGUGGGUUGCUCUCGCCCCUAUCCAGCAACUCUUCUUCGAAGUUGCCCCAGAGGGGCCAAAUCACUUUAACCAGAGCCUGCUCCUUCGCACUAGCCGCCGGGUUGGUGUAGAGGAACUCGCCGGAGGCCUGGAUAUUCUUAUUGGAAGAUAUUCUAUGCUACGCGCGAGAUUCUGCCGCAAGGAUUCCGGCCAGUGGUUCCAGCAGGUAAAGUCGCUGGAUUCUGAGCCUGUUAGUGCCUUUUACCGGUUAGCUGCGCACAACCAGAUCACUCGUGAGUCGCUGCCAACACUUUUUACAGCGGCUCAGAUGGCAUUGUCUAUUGAGGAUGGGCCGCUCUUGACUGUGGAUCUGGUAGAGCUUAAGGACGGUAGUCAGCUCGUCUACCUGGCGGCCCAUCAUCUCAUUAUUGACCUUGUCUCGUGGCGCAUUUUGCACGGAGAUCUGGAGGAAUACCUCCAGACAGGCUCUCUCAGUUCCGCUACAGGGUCGGUUCCUUUCUUGACCUGGACUCAAUUACAGGCCGAAUACAGCGCCGAACACCUCACUCCCGCGCGUGCUUUACCUGGCUUCCAGGAAGCAAACGAUGAUUUCGAUGUCAUGAGGUACUGGGGAAUUUCUUCCGAGUCGAACACGUUCGGGCAAACCUCAACAUCCAGAUUUACCUUGGACCGCACUGUGACUGAUAUUCUCUUCGGAAGCGCUAACAAGGUGAUGGAUACUCGACCGGUUGAGAUUUUGCAGGCCGCCCUCUGGUACUCUUGUAAUCAAGCUCUCACUGACCAUCCGGGUCCAAGGAUUUAUGUUGAAGGCCAUGGGAGAGAGCCAUGGACGGAUUCCAUCGACGUCUCGGGAACGGUUGGUUGGUUUACGAUCAUGUCUCCUUUGGUGUCCACUCCAUGGCAUCACCUAUCACGGAAAUCAAUGCGGGACUUCGUCGAUGUACUCAGCUAUAUCAAGGACCAACGCCGACGCAUUCCGGCAAACGGAUGGGCUUACUUCACUUCUCACUACCUGAACGACGAAGGUAGGGUUGCAUAUGGGCGGACGAAGCCGGUUAUGGAAGUUCUGUUUAACUACAUGGGCCAGUACCAGGAGAUGAAGCGUGAGGACGCCAUGCUACAGCUGGCUGGCGAUGACGUCCAGUCCGGCACCGGUGCUUCAGACAUUGCCGAUAACGUGCCACGCUUUUCGUUGAUUGACGUUACCGCGUUCACUGCGAACGGGUGCCUAACCUUCGAGUUUACAUUCCCGCAAUUGAUACAGCAGGAUGCUCGACUGGAACAUUGUAUUAAGGAGUCCUUCGAUGGGCCUACGUGCCCAAGACGUCUGGAAUAUCUACCCUUGCUCUCCCGUGCAACGGGGCAUGUUGUUGGCGCAGCUGCGCGAUCGGCAGGCAUAUCAGCAACGAUUCAAGUUUCAGGUUAUGUCUCGCGGGCCAACAGACCAACUUUCAUUGGAAAAGUUUCAGAUCACAGCCACUUUGACCAGGUAGUCAUGGUCCCUGGUAGCCUUCAGCACCUGGUUCGAGGUGAUGCGAUGGACGCCAAUCCCACGGAGGGCCUACCUCACACGAUCAACAUCACCAGCGACUCGACUGGCGCCAUAAUCUGCGAGUGGAAUGUCAGUCAUGCGUUAGUUGAUGCCAUGUCGAUAGCUGUCAUUCAACGGGAGGUCAAUCAAGCGUUGGAAGGUUCGCUGGGACAACAUCAAAAUCUACCACAAUACGUGGAAUACAUUGAAUGGCUUACUCUGCAAGACAAUACCGAGGCGCAGGCAUAUUGGCAAAAAUAUCUUGAUGGGGUGGAACCAUGUCUAUUUCCGAAACUGACUUCUUCGCCAGACAAGGUCAAUCCGGAAGCUACGAUCGCUGCCAUUCGUGCCACCUGGUCCCGCGAUGCUCGGAUGGACGAGCUAUGCCAUAAGCACGCUAUCACAUUGACAAAUCUAUUCCACAUUGUCUGGGCCAUCGUGCUCGGCGCUUAUGUAGGCACUGAUGAGGUUUGUUUCGGCUAUACAGCUCUUGGCCGAGAUGUGCCUGUCCACCGGGUUGAGACGAUGGUCGGCCCUUUAGUCAAUGUUCUUGCCACGACCGUCCGGCAUGAAGAGAACGAGACAAUCUUGAAUGCACUCCUCACCCAUCAAGCCCACCUCACUAAUAGCCUCCAACAUCAACAUUAUGCGUUGGCAGACGUGUAUGCGGCUUUGGGACUGGUCGGAUCUCAGCUGUUCAACGCUAUCGUAUCGUUGCAAGAUACAUCUCACUUCGACGCUCCAGACGAGCAAAGAACCCGGCUCGAGAUGCUACCUGCAAAUGAUGUCUCAGAGUACGAUGUAGCCCUCAAUAUCGGUGUUGACAAAUCCUCUAUUCAGCUGGUCCGCAGCUACCAAACCGUAUCUCUGUCCGCUGAGCAGGCCGACGCACUACUGCGAACGGCCUUUCAUGUACUGGAUGAAAUCCUGAGAGACCCCACCCAACGAUUUUGUGAGCUCGAGGUCAUCAGCCCUAAGUGUAAAGAGCAACUUGUGAAAUGGAACGCUGGCAUGCUUGCCCCAACCGAUGAAUACAUCCAUGAGAAGAUACAAGGCCAGUGCCGUAUCCACAAUUCCCGACAAGCCGUUUGUGCCUGGGACGGCAUCUUUACCUACGCCGAAGUCGACGAUUUGUCUUCACGCCUGGCAGCACGGCUCAUUAGAAUGGGGGUUACCUCCGAGGACAUCAUCCCAAUCUACUCACCCAAAUCCCGAUGGACGGUCAUCGCCAUUCUAGGGGUUCUAAAAGCUGGGGCUGCCUUCACGCUUCUGGAAACAUCACAUCCAAUGGCUCGACUGCAUGUGAUAUGCAAUCAGAUCAAGGCCCCUAUGAUUAUUGCACCAGCAUCGCAUGCCAUUCCAGCGGCUAAUUUGGCUCCUAUCUUAGUCGUGCUCGACAAAAUCAUGUCCUUAGCCCAGGAAAGACCAGUCCCCUUACCGGCUGUCGGUAUACCACCAGCGAGAGAAGCUCUCGCCUAUCUCAUCUUCACCUCAGGUUCCACAGGAAACCCCAAGGUGGUUAUGGUCACCCAUCAGAAUUUGUGCAGUAAUGCGUCGAUCAUCACAACGUCUGUCAAUAUGACUUCCGACAGUCGGGUGCUACAGUUUGCAUCACAUGCAUUUGAUGCGUGUAUCUUGGGAUUACUAGGUGCGCUGAUCGCAGGUGCCUGUCUGAUCAUCCCGUCCGAGUCGGAGAACAAGGAAGACCUGGCUGGUUGUAUGGAGCGCAUGGACGUCACUUGGGCACUUCUGACCCCUUCCGUCGCAAGGAUCUUGAAGCCGGAGACCCUUCCCAGACUCCUUAAUUUAGUCCUGGGUGGCGAGCCGAUAGCUGCUUCGGAUUUAGACAUGUGGCGGGGACACGUCCAGGUGGUGUGUGCCUAUGGCCCAACCGAAACUACCAUUGUCGCUAGUACGACAUCACCCUCCACAUUUCCCAUGGAUGGUAAGAAUAUUGGCGUGCCAAGCGGAAGCUCCCUUUGGGUCGUCUCCAGGCAGAACUAUCAAAAGCUGGCGCCUCUUGGAGCCACAGGCGAGCUUUUGAUUGAAGGACCCAAUGUAAGCCUGGGUUAUCUUGGUGAUCCAGGGAAAGCCAACAAAGCCUUCCCAGAUUCUCCAAUCUGGCUGUCACAGCUCCGGAAAUCGCCUACCAGGGUCUACCGAACCGGUGACUUGGUUCGCUUCGAUACAACUACGGGCACCAUUCGCUUCGUCGGACGCAAAGAUAACCAGAUCAAGUUCCAUGGGCAGCGCAUCGAGCUCGGCGAGAUUGAACAUCAUGCUCAGUUGGCUUUUUCGAGUGCCAGCAUGGUCAUCGUCGAUUUGAUAACCCCUGAACAGCCUCAACAGCCAUAUAUCGUUGCAUUCGUACAUCAAUCAGAUGCAGCGAAUGAAACGACUGACACAAACGACACCCUCCUGCUUCCUCCCUCCGAAGCCUUCCGAGCAGACGCUCUGGCAGCGCAGAACAAGAUGUACGAACGACUCCCGCACUACAUGGUCCCAGCAGUGUUCCUCCCUUUGCAUCGGCUUCCUCUAUCGGUCACUGGUAAAGCCGAUCGGAAACGUCUCCGACAAUGUGCACUUGCUCUGUCCAGCCCUGAGCUUAGUGCAUACCGCGCCACGGCCUCGAGGAAGCGUAUGCCUUCCACAGCAGCGGAGCGCAAAAUGCAGGGAUUGGUUGCAACUGUUCUGGGAAGGGACCCUACUGAGAUCGGCAUGGAUGACAGCUUUUUCUAUCUGGGAGGUGACUCCGUGCAAGCAAUGCGGCUGGUUGCCGAGGGUCGUCAGCAAGGGCUUACCCUCUCCCUUCGAGCGAUCUUUGACUCUCCCUGUCUGGGUGACCUUUCUGACCAGGCGAAAAGUCUGAUCGAAGAUAACCAGCGAGCAUCGACCGCGUCACGAGGCAACCUACGUUAUGAUUGCGACCAAAUAGACAAAAUAGUUGCAACUAAAUCCCUCAACAAGACUGACGUAGUCGACGUCCUUCCCACAACCUCCUUCCAGCACCACUGGCUAGACGCACAACUGAAGAGCUACAUUGUCGCCGACAUAUCAGGCCCGAUCGACCCGGCCCGUCUCCUUAGAGCCAUGCAUCGUGUCGUGGAGGCUCACCCAAUUCUCCGAGUAUCCUUCGUGCCUUAUGAAAACACCACCAUGCAAGUGAUCCUAAACAAGGCCGUGGCCAUAAAAAGUGCCGACCCGUCCAACACCACCGUGGAAGAAAUUUGCCGCCAGGAUGCAGAUACCCCAACAGUUCCAGGUAUGCCGUACCUGCGCGUCAUACUAGCGACCCAAGUCGAAGCCGAUCAUACAUUAAUCUUGCGCCUUUCUCACGCCCAAUACGAUGCCGUCUCACUUUCCCUCCUCAUGAAUGAUCUGGGCCAUGCAUACGCAAACGAGACUCAUCCCUUACCUUCAUCCCACUUCCCUCGAUUCAACGACUACACUACCUACCAGCAAGCUCAGAGAGCCGAUCCCACAGCAAUCACAUUUUGGCGUCAUCUCCUCCAAGAUGUCUCGCUCACCUACCUUAACCUCCAGCCAGCCGAGUCCUCGGCCAGCAAUGGGACUCCGAUUACACUUUCCCGCGACAUUGACAUCGCUAUUUUCCCCUCACUUCCCAGCGACAUUACCAUAGCCACAACGGUCAAAGCAGCCUGGUCCCUGGUCCUAGCCCAGAAGACCAAUUCCCCUGCCGUGAUAUUCGGCCAAGUGGUUCACGGUCGGGCCAUUGCCCUUCCUGGGGUCGAGGGAAUUAUCGGUCCCUGUGCCAAUAUCACGCCCGUUGUCGCACGCCUGGGUCUUCAGACUACGGGAUUGGAAUUAAUGCAAACAUUGCAAGACCAACACCGCUCUGCUAUGCCGUACGAGACGGUGGAUCUUGAUGACGCGCUGGCGUAUGCCAAGGACUCCCAGGCCGGGCGUAAAGGAUUACAAACAAUUGUGCAGCAUCAGAAUAACGUGAUGGUUGAUGAUAUGGAGUUGUCGCUCGGGGAGGUGAAGUGUGGGGUAGAUGUCAGGGCAGUAGAUCAUCUGCCGAAAGAGGUAUGGGUCUAUUCGUCUGUUGAUGAGAAGAGACCGGGUAUGUUGGAGGUGAAGAUCAUGUCAUCAACGUUGGUGCUGGGUGAGGAGGUUGCGGAGGAGUUGAUGGGUUUGCUUGUAGAGAAGAUAGUGGGGUUGUUGAGGCAUCCUGAGAGUGUCUGUUUUUGAUUGAGCUUUGUUGAGGAGUCGGAGUAGAAUUUGGACGGUUGUAUAUAGCUUGUUGAAUGAACAUGAAGUGAAA